AUGACGUCCCCUCUACCGGUCAGCACAGCUGCUGUGACCGAUGAGGUCGCUGUCACUACUGCGGCUCCUGUGACUGGCGAGGUGACUAUCACCACGGCCGCUGGGGAAGCUCCGGGAAGGGACAAGGAUGAUUCUGAUGCUACCACCCCGGUCGCUACUGAGACUGCGACUGCCACUAGGAUCGAUGCUCCUGUUGAGCCUACAACUGCUAUCACGACCCCUCAACCGGUCAGCACAGCUGCUGUGACCGAUGAGAUUGUUGCUACUACUGCAGCCCCUGUGACUGGCGAGGUCACCAUCACGACGGCAGCUGGGGAAGCUCCGGGAAGAGACAAGCAUGAUUCUGAUGCUACCACCCUGGUCGCUACCGAGACUGCGGCUGGCACUACUACGAUCGAUGCUCCUGUUGAGCCUACUACUAUCAUGACGUCCCCUCAACCGGUCAGUACGCCCGCUGAGAUCGAUGAGGUGGCUGUCACUACUGCAGCCCCUGUGACUGGCGAAGUGACCAUCAGCACGGCAGCUGGGGAGGCUCCCGGUAGAGACAAGGAUGACUCUGAUGCUACCACCCCGGUCGCUACGGAGGCUGCAACUGUCACGACUACGAUCGGCGCUCCUGUUGAGCCUACUACUAUCACGUCCCCUUUCCCGGUCAGCACAGCUGCUGUGACGGAUGAGGUUGCUGUCACUACUGCAGCUCCUGUGACUGGCGAA